UUUUAACACACGAAGUUUAAGGACUGUCUUAACUAGGAACAACAGUAAACCACGUAAGUGAGACACGGAACUUAAUUAAUGACGCGGCAAUUUCGGGUACCCGGCACUUACUGGAGUUGCACAAGCAACACACGCCUUGGACUUCAUCCGCCAAUCCUAAGUGGGAGCGCGCGAGCCUGAGCCUGUGGGAGAAUCCUGGGCGGGCCUCGGACGUGAGUGGAGCUUCGCGUCACUCAACUCUGGGGACGGACCUUGCGCAGGCUCUCACACCCGGCGCUCUGGCCCACACAGUCGGUACUCUAUGGCAUCUCGGGUUCCCUCUAGCUGCAGUCUGGAGGACUACACUCGUUUUCUUUUCGGCUGUGCGAGGCCCGGCAGCCUCUGCUGAGCUGGAAGAAAGAUGGCGGCAGCCGUGCGGCAGGAUUUGGCCCAGCUCAUGAAUUCGAGCGGCUCUCAUAAAGAUCUUGCGGGCAAGUAUCGUCAGAUCCUGGAAAAAGCCAUUCAGUUAUCUGGGGCAGAACAACUAGAAGCUUUGAAAGCUUUUGUGGAAGCAAUGGUGAAUGAGAAUGUCAGUCUCGUGAUCUCUCGACAGUUGCUGACUGAUUUCUGUACACAUCUCCCUAACCUGCCUGAUAGCACAGCCAAAGAAAUCUAUCAUUUCACCUUGGAAAAGAUCCAGCCUAGAGUCAUUUCAUUUGAGGAGCAGGUUGCUUCAAUAAGACAGCAUCUUGCAUCCAUAUAUGAGAAAGAAGAAGAUUGGAGAAAUGCAGCCCAAGUGUUGGUGGGAAUUCCUUUGGAAACAGGACAAAAGCAGUACAAUGUAGAUUAUAAGCUGGAAACUUACCUGAAGAUUGCUAGGCUGUAUCUGGAAGAUGAUGACCCAGUCCAGGCAGAGGCUUACAUAAAUCGAGCAUCAUUGCUUCAGAAUGAAUCCACCAAUGAACAGUUACAGAUACAUUAUAAGGUAUGCUAUGCACGUGUUCUUGAUUAUAGAAGAAAAUUCAUUGAAGCUGCACAAAGGUACAAUGAGCUCUCUUACAAGACAAUAGUGCACGAAAGUGAAAGACUAGAGGCCUUAAAACAUGCUUUGCACUGUACCAUCUUGGCAUCAGCAGGACAGCAGCGUUCUCGGAUGCUAGCUACUCUUUUUAAGGAUGAAAGGUGCCAGCAGCUUGCUGCUUAUGGGAUCCUAGAGAAAAUGUACUUAGACAGGAUCAUCAGAGGAAAUCAACUUCAAGAAUUUGCUGCCAUGUUGAUGCCUCACCAAAAAGCAACUACAGCUGAUGGUUCUAGCAUCUUGGACAGAGCUGCAGAAAAAAUAGCAUCACAAAUGAUAACAGAAGGACGUAUGAAUGGAUUUAUUGAUCAGAUUGAUGGAAUAGUUCAUUUUGAAACACGGGAAGCCCUGCCAACGUGGGACAAACAGAUCCAGUCCCUUUGUUUCCAAGUGAAUAACCUGUUGGAGAAGAUUAGUCAGACAGCGCCAGAAUGGACAGCACAAGCCAUGGAAGCGCAAAUGGCUCAGUGAAUGCUUGCAGGGCUCUGUGCACACGACAGCUUUUACAAUGUUGUACAGAUUAAUUUCACGGUCUCUCCAAAGCAUUUGCAUCUGACCUUACAUAUUUCAAUCCCUUUUAUGCUGGAUUCCAUUUAAAGAAGACAUUGUUAGAACAGAAAGCGCAAGCAUUUAAAAAUAUGUAGUUCCUAUAUAUUCAGGGUCUCUGUGUCUCAAGCUAACUCAAAUGUUCUGAAAGCUUUUUCUUUAAACGGAGUAAGUGAAAUAGCCGUGGCUAAAAGGUUUGGGAUUUGUGAUAACUUUGUAGUCAUGUAAAAUGUUAAAGUGCUUCGUGCCUCUCCAAACGUGGUAAUUCUAAUAAAUGGAGAAGUGAGCCAAAUAAAAGUAGUACUUGGUUUUUAAUUAGCGAACAGUGUUUUGUUCAUUUUUCCUUUCAUUUCACUAGACAUUGAUUUAUACCACGUGCUAGAACCGCAAAGCUGUGCCAUGACACCGGUUCUCCAGCCAGUCGGUCACAGAGCCAGUAGCCAGCAGCGGAAUACUUGUAAUUGCGCCAAGCACUGGAGCGCACAGGAAGGAGCUUUUCAUUUCUUAGAGACAGGUCUGGGAAGGCUCCUCGGAGAGGGUUAUUUCAGGCCAGCUUGAUAGAGAAAAUCAGGG